CUGGGGAGGUUCCUCGAUAAUCUCGACUUCCUCCACUCUUUGCUGCACGGUGACGCCCCAGACUCAAGCGUCGCCUUCACCAGCAUGCGGUGCAACGGGCGCCGGUGCGAUGAGGCGGCGCGGCCCCCGAUGUGUUUCAGGGCAAAUGGCGUGAAAGAAGCCAACGCCUCCACCAAAGCCACAACUACCCCAGCAGGUGAUGGCACUGACCUCACCAAGGCUUCAGGAACCCCAGCAGGUGAUGGCAGCGCCCCGACCCUUGCCUCAGGUGACAGGGUCGAUGGUGUGGAGGAAGCCGGUGUGGUGGUGACCCCGGCCUCGAAGUGUGAGGUCAGUGCUGUGAGGGAACCCAGCGGCGUGGCCCCGGACUACACCAACCAGACUCCGCCGCCGGGAGGCCAAGAAGCCCAAAGUGAGCGCCCGGGACAGAGGCGCCGCGACUCCUGAGACACCCGGCGCGCCCUACACAUGGGCGGACGCUUUUGUGGACUUCACGGCGAUCUUUGUCGUCGUCGCGUCCGGCGCCCUGGCGUACUACACGUGCUGGUGAGGCGCCGCCACGCCCGCCCGGAGGUGUUGCUGGACACGGGCCAUUGUAUCCACCUCUUUCUA